AUGAAGAUUCAGAUUUUGCUAAGAUGGUUUUCUCUAACCUUUCCCAUUUUCAUCUUCUUCAUCAGCCAAAUCACCCAAUCUCAAGCAACACAACAACAGCAACAACCCAUUUUUAAUAAUCUCACAAUCCACAGCUUCAUCAACAAAACCCUCCAAUGGAAAUCUCAUCUGAUAAAAUUCCAGGGAAGCCAACUGAAACUAUCAACCCCAACCUUACUAGCAUCAGUGUGUUGCUUCAUAGCCGCCAUCGUAUCCAGCGCUGGAGGUAUCGGAGGUGGAGGGUUAUUUAUCCCCAUUUUAACAAUCGUGGCAGGUCUAGACCUCAAAACAGCCUCGAGUUUCUCGGCUUUCAUGGUCACCGGUGGUUCAAUUGCAAACGUUAUGUACAAUUUGCGUACCGAAAGUGACGAGCUCGGGCGUCAGCGUAAGGCGUUGGUCGACUACGACUUAGCACUUUUGUCGGAGCCUUGCAUGUUGUUAGGUGCAAAUGUAGGAGUAGUUUGCAAUCACGUGUUCCCAGAAUGGUUGAUCACCAUUUUGUUUGUUGUUUUCCUUGUUUGGUCUACUCUCAAGACUUGCAGGAACGGGGUCAGGUAUUGGAAAAUGGAAUUGGAGAAACACAAGGAAAGUGAGAAACUGGAAACUGGGGCUGAUAUUAAUGAUCUAGAAGAACCUCUGGUGGGCAUGGAAGGAAAAGAAAAUUCAGGAUUUCCAUGGAAGAAGCUUCUGAUCUUAGUUACCGUCUGGUUUUCGUUCUUUAUCGUUUAUCUCCUUCGUGGCAAUAGCUAUGGACAGGGUAUCAUGCCAAUGAAGCCUUGUGGACUAGGAUAUUGGGCUCUCUCAUUGUUACAAAUUCCACUUGCCAUAGGUUUUACUGCAGGGAUCCUUUAUCACAAAGAGCGCGUCACAUACCAGGGAAGGGGGGUCAACAAGCUUAUUUUCCCAUUAAUGGCUCUAAUGGCCGGAGGCUUGGGUGGAGUUUUUGGAAUUGGAGGUGGAAUGAUUAUAAGUCCACUUCUUCUUCAAGUUGGGGUAGCCCCUGAGGUAACAGCAGCUACCUGUUCCUUCAUGGUUUUCUUCUCAUCCACAAUGUCUGCAUUCCAGUACUUAUUGUUGGGCAUGGAGCAAAUCGGCACUGCACUCGUAUUUUCGUUAAUAUGUUUCGUCGCGUCGCUUCUCGGAUUACUUGUGGUACAAAAAUCCAUAAAGGAGUUCGGGAGAGCAUCCCUGAUCGUGUUCUCAGUCGGUAUCGUGAUGGCUCUGAGCGCCGUUCUGAUGACUAGCUUCGGAGGUCUUGAUGUUUGGGAUGACUACAUAUCAGGCAGUUAUAUGGGAUUCAAACUACCUUGUUGA